CUUACAGCACCAGCACCGUAUAGCAGCCCUGCUCCUACAUUUGGCUGCCUUACUCUGCCCUGAAAGCACUGGCGUGGGGAAGGUCCGUCACUGACUAGAAACUGAAUCUCAUCAGGAAACUACACAUUAUCUCACCAUCACUUCAAAGGUCUCGCCCGGCAAAGGGGACGCCAGGAAAUGAUUUAAAGGUGAAAAUGACAAGGUUUCCACUUCUCAAACCUUGGCUCCUUUUCUGACAAUGCGGUCUGAAUGAACCCUGAUGUCUUCUUUACUGUGGACAUAGGAUUGGACGAGAGGAAACUAACAAACAUUUUUUUUUGUUUAAUCCUGAUAAAGAAGAUUGUUGGGAAGCUGUUUUCAAAAAUCUCAUAUUGUGCACAGAUGGAUUUUAAAAAGUGUUAGAUCUUUCCAAUGAACACUAAUAGAGUUCUCUGCUCUUGGCUGGAUUUUUCAGAGAAUGGCAAUGGUCUCGGCGAUGUCCUGGAUCCUGUAUUUGUGGAUAAGUGCUUGUGCCAUGCUGCUCUGCCAGGGAUCCCUGCAACACACCUUCCAGCAGCACCACCUGCACAGACCAGAAAGGCAGCAUAUGGCAGAGUUUUGGAAUACAGGAUUGAAGGCCAGACAGUUGAAGCCCAGCUCGGUGACUUUGGAAGGAGGGACGUGCGAAGUGAUAGCCGCACACAGAUGCUGUAAUAAGAAUCGCAUUGAGGAGCGGUCGCAAACAGUAAAGUGCUCCUGUUUACCCGGGAAAGUGGCCGGAACAACCAGAAACCGACCUUCCUGUGUUGAUGCAUCCAUAGUGAUUGGGAAAUGGUGGUGUGAAAUGGAGCCUUGCCUAGAAGGAGAAGAAUGUAAGACCUUACCUGAUAAUUCUGGAUGGAUGUGUGCUACAGGCAAUAAAAUUAAGACCACAAGGAUUCACCCAAGAACCUAAUGGAAACAUUUGUUAUCCUAGUGAAGGAAAAUUAACCCUGCAGAAAAUACUACAUUUUAAGAAUUCAAAACAUCUUACACAUUUACAAGCCAAAUGGAUUUCUUAUUUGCACUUUGACUGGUUACCAGAUAAUUACAGAGCUUUUACUGGGUGUAACAAAAUAGCCUAUCUGAGAAGACUUGGAAUUCUUGGCAACACCGUGGAAAGUGGGUUUAAAAAGGGGGCAGGGCUUCUCAGUGGAAUUUUUUGUGAUUUUGAAGAACAAGCAACUAUCUCCUAAUUUGGAUCUAUAAUUACUUUGUACCAUUUUAAAUAUAUGUAUAUAUAAUAUUUUGAAAUAUUAUAUAUUCUCUUCAAGAAAUGAACAGUACCACAGUUUGAGCGGAUGGUGUACCUCUCUGAAUUUUGCUUUUGUGGGGUUUUUUGGUUUUUUUGGUCACUUCUUUUACUAUAAGCAAGGAAGAGAUGUGCCCUUUGGAGAAUUCCGCAUGGCACUCAUCCUGGAAUACCAGCUACACGUGUGGACUCCUGGAAUUUGAGGCAUCAUGACAUUACUAAAUCAAGAGCUUCCUUCUAUUUCUACCGGAUGGUCCAAGGAAGCAUAUCAACCUGGUUUAUUGCUUUCUACCUUGUGCAAUACUAGCAUGCAAGCUUGGCUUACAUUAACCAUACUUUAUAUUCAAUUGAUAUAGAAUAACCGUUCUAACCUCUUCCAGGAAAAUAAUUUUAGAACUACUAGCUUCUCCUAGCUUCUCCACAGAUAAGAAAGUGAGGAUUCUGAUAAGAAAGAGAGCUGCUCAACCAUGCUAUUAAGACUGGCAGAGUUUUGGCAGAAUUUGGAUCCCCGUAUUAAUUAAUAAUAAGCCCUGUAAAUACAAUGUCCUGAGGCUUUGUAUAGCUGUCCUUUACUGCAGAAACGUCCUCUGGUUCUCUCCAGUUAUCGUUAACUGCCUAGUGCUGUAGCAACCAGUCUGACCAUGACAUCCCUUUCUGUGUUUGCUUUCUUUGUUUCUGAGUGUUCCAAUCUCUUCUGGUGAGAGGGGAAGGCUGUGAAAGCGAUGGAUUUUCAGAAUGAUCUGUAUGACCAAAUGUUGGACAGCCCUAUUAAAGUGGUAACUAACUCCUUUUUAAA